UCUUUUCGGCCCUGGACGCCAUUUUAGAGGGCCCUCUUCAUUUGUGCCUACCCUGUACAACCACCUCUCCGUAGAGAUUUGGCAGGCUUCUUGAGUGGAGUUUUUCCACCCACAGAUUCAGUAAUCAGUCAAGAUGACCAACACAAAGGGAAAGAGGAGGGGGACACGUUACAUGUUCUCACGACCCUUCCGCAAACAUGGUGUUGUUCCUCUUGCUACAUACAUGCGCAUCUAUAAGAAGGGUGACAUUGUUGAUAUAAAGGGCAUGGGCACAGUUCAAAAAGGCAUGCCUCACAAAUGUUACCAUGGCAAGACAGGAAGAGUAUACAACAUUACUCAGCAUGCUGUAGGCAUUAUUGUGAACAAGAAGGUUAAGGGCAAGAUUCUUGCCAAGAGAAUUAAUGUGCGUAUUGAGCAUAUUAAGCACUCAAAAAGUAGAGACAGCUUCUUGCAGCGUGUGAAGGAAAAUGAAAAAAAGAAAAAGGAAGCAAAAGAAAAGGGUACUUGGUUUGAAUUAAAACGCCAGCCUGCUCCUCCAAGAGAAGCCCACUUUGUGAGAACCAAUGGUAAAGAGCCUGAGCUGCUGGAACCAAUUCCAUAUGAAUUCAUGGCAUAGUGUAUAUGAAUAAAAUAAAAUUUGUUCCAAAGGACUGAAAUAUA